AGGGCUUUUCCAGGAAGCGAAACUGAAAGUUUGCAGGCUGUCUCUCAAGAGAGCUGAGGGUAGGGAAUUGAUAGCGCGGUUUCCUCUCCCCUCUCCCUGCUCCUCGGUACCCUUCCCCAAACCCAGAACAGACAUCGCAGCCCCGGCUCCUCCGCUCACGAUGGCCACUGACUCCGCUGUCCACAGCCCGCAGUACCGGGUUCUGGUCCGGGUGCCCGAGAACUGUUCUGGACUGGAGAAGAAAUUGCAAAAAUAUUUCCAGAGUCCGCGGAAGUCCGGGGGAGGCGAGUGCACGGUCAAAGUCGGCCCCACCGAAGGCACUUACUGGGUUGAAUUUCUGGAAAAACAAGCCAAGGAAAGAGUGAUAGCAAAGGGAGAUCACACUGUGGAGAUCAGUCCUACGUCACAUAUGAAAAUCUUCCUAGAAACAAAUGAAAACUCAGGAGAAAAGAACACUUUGGAGAUAACAAGCCAGCUUUCCUCCCAGACUCAGUUGAUCCCAAAGAAAUUUCUAGAUGAGAAGCUCCCAAACGAAGAAGGGGCUUUUAGCUCCCCUGAUUCCUUCAUUGAAAAGUUUCAGAUAUUUUGUCAUGUGGAGGCUCAGCUGAACUUCAAUCUUUCCAAGGAACAAAGGGAGAAAAUUAUUAACCUCUGCCCAAAUCUCAAAAUAGAGCAAGACCAUGAUGGAACUGAGAAACUGAGUGGUAACUUCCAAGAUAUUGAAAAAAUUUAUCAAUUCUUAAGUAAGGGGAUUCUGGGAAAUGACCAGAAAGAUUUUCCUCACUCAGCCUCAGAAAGAAAAAUCGAGAAAAUGAAACCAAAUGACUGGGACAGUCCUAUCCUUCAUUCAGACUCCAAACACAGAAUGGAAGAGUCAAACUACAUCUCAGUUCCUUCACAUUUGUAUGAGUAUUUUAAACAUGUCUUUGCUGCAACUCUGGACAGAAUAGAAAAAGAGCACAAAGUACAUAUCAGAAGUACUUUGACAUAUCCUACAGGCAAUGUUUAUUUAGAUUUUGAGACAAGCAAGUCUGGGGACAGAAUAGCAGCUCAAGAAGCUUUUACCACAGCAUUUCAGAAGGAAAUACAGAAUGUGACCUGUCAGAGUGUUUAUUUCACAGAUAAUAUGCUGGCUCUUGAGGUCCAAAGCAGACUGACCAACAUGUUUAAAAACCUCUAUGUUAAAGCUGAUGGAACGACCUUAAUUCUCCAGGGAAACACAAGGGAUAUUUCAGAAGCUAAACUUUUCAUUGAAGGAAACUUUUCCCACAAACAACCAGUGGAAAUAAUGGUUUCCCAUAACCUGAUGGAGAAUGGAAUUGAGGUAGAUACUGCUGAUUUACGUCUUCUGUGCCAAGAAAUCACAGAAAUAGAGAAAAAAUUUGACAUAACAAUGGAAUUGAUGAACAACCCCCAAAAUGGGAAAACCCUCAUUGUAUUUAAACCAAAAGACAAAGGCCUGGACCUCUCUGCACAUGCUUAUGAAUAUUUCAUUGAUUUCUUUCAGAUGAUCUCAACUCAGAUUGUCAAAGAGGUAGUUAUUCUAAAACCUUUAGACAAAGAGAGAAAAUAUUCAUCUGAAAAGACAUUCUUUAAAGACUUUGAAAAGAAGCACCCCCAUGUAAACUUGGAGUGGAAUGAACAAGAACUGACAUUGACUGGUUUGCCCAGGUAUCUUGCAGAAGCAAUGAAAUAUAUAAAGAAAUAUUUUAGUACUGAAGGUCCUGCUCAGCAGAGACCAGCUCUCUCCCCUGGAAGGAAUUGGAAUAAAGACUCUAAAUCCAUUUGGGACAAAAUUGGUGGUGAUUUCAAGGCAAUCCUUCCUUCCAAAGGAUUGCCUAGCUGUGAGGAUUUAGAAAAAAAGGAAAAAGAGAAGGAGAACUGUGCCAUCUGUCUGGAAAUCAUUCACCACAAAGAAAUCCUUCCAAAAUGCAAGCAUGAGUUCUGUAGCUCUUGUAUCAGAGAAGCCAUGAAACAUAAGCCAGUGUGUCCUAUAUGCCAGACUUCCUAUGGCAUCGUGAAAGGAAAUCAGCCACAUGGAACAAUGAACGUAUCUUAUAGGUCUUCUUCACUUCCAGGUUAUGAUUCAUACGGCACAAUUGAGAUUUGUUAUGCUAUGAAGGGAGGCAUACAAACGACCGAUCAUCCCCACCCAGGAAGAUCCUACCAAGGAACACACCGGAUGGCUUAUUUACCUGAUAAUGAAGAAGGACGGCAGGUUUUGAAACUCCUCCAAAAAGCUUUUGAACAAAAGUUGAUUUUCACAAUAGGACAAUCUCGGACAUUAGGAACGAACGAUGUGAUCACUUGGAAUGAUAUACACCAUAAAACUCAACUGUUUGGUGGGCCAGAAAAGUAAGGGAUAUUUCCCUUUUUAAAAAAUUUAAGAUUUAUUAUCUUUGUUUUCACAUGAUAUUUAUUUUCUCUACCUCCUCUCUUACAAAGCAAGCUUUCUGAACAAAAAUUUCAAAAAACAUUGAAGUUUACCAAGACCAAUCUACACUUUGACUAGACCUGAUAGCAUAUACAUUUCAUGCUUAAAUUGUGUUCCAUUUUCCCCAAUCUCUCCAGAAAAUGGAAAUAGAUACAUAUUCCUCUUCUCUCCUUUAGUCUUUGUUUGGUUAAUUAAUUGUAAUUAAUGAUAUAGAAAUUUAUACAGAAAAUUCACUUUCAUUUUAUUC